AGAUGUGACUUGGGUACUCACAGAGUUCACACACGCCAGUGUUUAUAACCGAAGCCUAAGCUAAGCACUCCCCAGUCUUCCUUGCCUUCCUCAAUGGAUCCUUCAAAGAUAAGACAGAAAUGCGAACGCUUCCGAAUCCUCGUAAUAGGGAGAGCGAAUGCAGGAAAAACAACUAUCCUCAAGAGGGUAUGCGAUACACAGGAGAACCCAGAAAUAUAUGAUAGCUCCGGGGAAAAGAUCGAUGCCGCAGUUUUGAAGGCAUCCAGAGAGCGUGGAGAGCACGAUAUUGAGAAUGAGAUGGUGUUUCGAAGCAACCCAGGAUUCAUCUUCCACGAUUCACGUGGUUUCGAAGUGGGCGGGCAAUCCGAAUUCGACAAGGUGAAGGCAUUUAUCGCAAGCCGUUCCGAGAGAAGAGGCCUAAAGGAUCGAAUACAUAUCAUAUGGUAUUGUAUUCCAAUGGAUGAGGCGAGCAGGUCGUUCACUGAAGGGGAACUCAAUUUUUUCUCUCACUGUGAC